AUGUUUUCUUUCUCAAGUACUCGUGGUGCAUGGUACUUCUACGGUCAAAUAUCCAAUUCCACAUCAAUGUGGCAGCCAAUCGAUUUGACAAACAAGGUUAAUUCGGUUCUUAUUGAUAAUGGGACGCUUCGAUUUAAUUUUUCUGCAUGGCUUGGAGGUACCGAUAAUCAAGAUGGUUGUGCUUCAGUGUUCCUGACUUUCGUCAGUCAGACAAGCCAGAUGAUUGGUAAUUAUAUCAGAAUUGGACCAGCACUUGCCACGAAUCGAGGGAACAUCACAUCAUUAAUCUUCGAGCAGGCUAAUGGGUUCGUAUCUGUUGGUACUCGAUCGAUGACACUACUUGUCACAAUGGCGCUGCUGAUGACAUCUCCCUCAUUUUGUAUUAGUAAUCAAUAG